AUGGAGAAUUCUAACCAGGUUUUGUUAGAAGCUGAGACCACUCUUGUUGAUGGUGCCGUUGACUACUGUGGAAAACCAGCUAUUAGAUCCAAAUCUGGUUAUUGGAGAUCUGCUUGGUUCAUCAUAGGUGUUGAAGUAACAGAAAGAGUGUCAUAUUAUGGAAUUCAAGGGAACUUGAUAUCAUAUCUAACAGGACCACUCAAACAAACCACUGCUAUUGCUGCUAAGAAUGUUAAUGUUUGGUCUGGAACAGCUUCUCUUCUUCCUCUCUUAGGUGCUUUCGUUGCCGACUCUUUCCUCGGCCGCUACCGCACUAUCAUUAUUGCUUCAUUCAUCUAUAUCUUGGGACUGAGUUUGUUAACAUUAUCAGCAAUGGUUCCUUCCCUCGCCAAAUCGAAAUGCCAAGUUGAUAGUAAAUUCAUAUUAUGCUCCAAACAUUCACAACUGAUCUUAUUUUUCAUCUCACUCUAUCUAGUUGCUAUUGGACAAGGUGGACAUAAACCUUGUGUUCAAGCUUUCGGCGCAGAUCAAUUUGACGAACAACAUCCUAAGGAGCAUAGAGCCAGAAGCUCAUUCUUUAAUUGGUGGUAUUUUACUACGGUUGCAGGUGCCACGGUUGCAAUUGCGAUCUUGGCCUAUGUACAAGAUAACUAUAGUUGGGUUCUUGGAUUUGGAAUCCCUACUAUUGUAAUGACCAUUGGUUUGCUUGUUUUCUUGCUUGGAACAAUGACCUAUAGGUAUAACAUUAAGAAAAAUGAGACUAGCCCUUUUCUUAGAAUUGGUCGCGUAUUCGUUGCAGCGAUAAGAAAUAGGCAAACUACCUUAUCAAGCACGACGAUUAUUGAAGACGAAUGUGAUGGGAUGCUUCACUGUCGAAGCUCUAAACAAUUCAACUUCCUCAACAAGGCAUUGCUAACACCAAAGGGAUCUAAAGAAGGAAAUACGUGUAGCCUUGUUGAGGUGGAAGAAGCAAAGGCAAUACUAAGGUUGGUUCCAAUUUGGGCUACAUCUUUGGUUUAUGGUAUCAUCUUUGCUCAAAUUUUUACAUUCUUCACCAAACAAGGGAAUUCUAUGGAAAGAACAAUAUUUCCCGGAUUCAAUAUACCGCCCGCUUCACUUCAAUCGAUCAAUGGUGUUGCCAUUAUUCUCUUCAGCCCUAUCUACGACCGCAUAUUUGUGCCAACAGCACGAGCUAUCACCGGAAAACCCUCGGGCAUCACAAUGCUUCAAAGGAUCGGAACGGGAAUUUUUAUAUCCAUAUUCACAAUGGUAAUUGCAGCCUUUGUUGAAAUUAAAAGACUCAAAAUAGCACAAGAGUAUGGUCUUGUUGAAAAUCCUAAUGCAACUGUUCCAAUGAGAAUAUGGUGGUUGGUUCCUCAAUACUUUUUGUUUGGUGUUUCUGAGGUUUUUACUAUGGUUGGUUUUCAAGAAUUUUUCUAUGAUCAAGUUCCAAAUGAACUAAGAAGCAUGGGACUAGCACUAUAUUUGAGUAUAGUUGGUGUUGGGAGUUUUCUAAGUGGCUUUCUCAUUUCUAUGAUUGAAAAUUUGAGUGGCAAAAAUGGUCAUGAAAGUUGGUUUUGUGACAAUAUCAACAAGGCACAUUUUGAUUACUUUUAUUGGCUUCUUGCUGGAUUAAGUGUGGGAGGGUUUACUUUGUUUGUUUACUUUGCAAAAUCUUACACUUAUAAUCACAAAGGUACCAUCACACAUGCAUAA